GCCGUUUUGGUCGGAUUCCGAUUGAGUUCGGGAACUCUUGUGCAAGCGAAGUUAAAAAAUGUAAUGUUUCUCGAUGAGGACUAACAUAACGUGUUUACAUCGCAACCAAAGAACAUUCAACGUCAAAUAAAGUGCAAAGUGUUAUCAAGAUAUGUCAGAAACAACAGGAGGCGUGAUGAGUAUGCUGCCCUGUACCUGAGUUUGACUAGAUGGUAUGUGAUUAGACAAUGAGUGAUCGACUUGCCACAACUGGUCAUGACACAACACACACCGACAUGUUGCUGCCUGUCAAUGGAGCAGAGGCAGAACAUGAGGCGAGUAUGCUGCAACAAUCUAUCUCUCACCAGACAGAGUCCGACAUACUUCAACAAUCUCUGUCUCACCAGACAGAAUCCGAUAUUCUUCAGCAAUCUCUGUCUCACCAGACAGAAUCGGAAAUACUUCAACAAUCUCUCUCUCACCCGUCAGAAUCAGAAAUACUUCAACAAUCUCUCUCUCACCCGUCAGAAUCAGAAAUACUUCAACAAUCUCUCUCUCACCAGACAGAAUCAGACAUACUUCAACGAUCUAUGUCUCACCAGGCAGAGUCAGACAUGCUUCAACAAUCUCUCUCUCACCAGACAGACUCAAGCAUCCUUCAACAAUCCAUGUCUCACCACACAGAGUCUGGCAUGCUCCAGGCAACAAUGCCUCACGCACAGAGCUCGGAAGAAUCUCUAAUUCCAAAUGAAGAGCUUCAUGGAAUGCAGCUCAUUGCCGGGGACUGCAACUCAGUGUUACAAUGUGAUUUAUCAAGCUCUCAGACAUCUCUCUCUGUUGAGAACCUGGGCCACAGUUCCACCCAGUUGAGAUACAACACUGCAAAUUCAAACACCAUCAGCUCCCUAGCACAGAACUCCAAUCUUCAAUGUGACCUGUCUGUGUCUUCACUGUCUGCUACUUUAACUCCCAGCUCUAGUCAGCUGACGUGUGAUGUAAGCUCUCCUCAGAUCUCAGUGUCAGCAUCUGAGAAUUCAUCCCACAAUGCACAGCCAACAUAUAUCACAACCACUGUACCCAUCAGCUCACUUCUUCGACCUGCAUUCCAGCCAACUAGUACAUACGACAGUGUCAGUGAGUCGAGACGUGCAUACAGCCAGCCUCCAAUGUCCGCUCCUCUCCAACCCACACCCACUGUCAAGCCAACCAUACUUCCUAACAACAUUCUUCAGCAGGCUAUUUCACUAAACUUCCCAGCAAACUUGGUGGCAGCUCUUGCCAGCCUGCCCCUUUUACAGUCAUCAGUAUCUUCACAGGUUCCAGCCACGAACUCUGUUGGCAACCCCUCCCAGAAUGUGGUCCCUAUAGCACCAGCACCACCUACAUCCACCAUCUUUCAAGCUAUUCCAACGAACAUCGUCCACAACCAGAACAUUCUGUCGUCCAUGAACUCAGCAUCUAGUUGUGGCAAUUCCGUUGCAUUGCCUUUUUCUCCGGUAUUGCAGAGAAUACUGCCAGAUACACACAAACGCCCCGACACAGUGCCUACACCCAGCAGCAAUAUCCCAGUGACAGCAGUGUUGUCAGGGGCCACUGUGUACUGUGCUGCCACCUCUCAGUCCGUAGCCCAGAUGGACUCUACAUUGCUACCCCACAUUAUCAACACAGUUUCGUCUACUGCUCCAGCUUCAGGGUCACUUGUGCCCCCUCAGCACCCACUGCCAUGUCCUGUAACCAUGGCAGCAAGUGUGGUCACAUCUUCCGCUGUGUCUGCUGCAACACCAUCACAGACAAUGUUGCCUGUUGGAACCCAAGGUGUUUCAGUUGCGGACACCCCUUCACAGCCGACCACUGGACAGCCACUGCCCAGUGACCACCACCAGGCUGCCUCCACCUUCUCAUCACAGUUCCCGAUGCCAAUGCCAGUGAUGUCUACACAGGAGUCCUCCACUCUGGCUGCCAGUGACAUACAGUCCCUUCAGACCUGCCUGUCUCACCCCUUCAUCCAGUCUCUCACUCACCACAAUCUAGUCACCUCUCUUGGAAGUCAGAUUGUCUUCAACCCUCCCCGCUCGCAGGGCACAUCAUCACCAUCCUUCCCCCAACUCACCCCUGUGGACACACAGCAGAUGACCCCGGGGCACCUUCUACGACAGUCUGGUUGUCACCUGCCGGAAUCUAAUGACCAGUCAUCACUGAUAGCCAACUCCAUGUCUGCUCAUGUGUCUGUGGCUACCGGUGCCUCCACGCAGGUGUCUGGGGAGAACUACCCAGCUCCACCCCCAAGCAGUCUCUCUCCCAUGAUGCAUCUGUCCAAUCACUUCCAGACAUCUGGUGUGUUGUCUCCCUCCGACCCUGCCAGUCAGAACCUGACGACUCGUCUGUACCUUACCAGUCCCCUCACUGUGGUGCCUCUAAAUCAUGACCCCCAGGGCCGAGACAAGGUGGAGGGGCAAGAGCCAGCAGCCCCGGCCUUCACCCUGGCCAACAUGUCCGUGAUAGACAUGUUGCUGAAGCAGCCAACAGAUGUCCCAGACAUGGAUCGAGCCACCCUCCCUCCCAAGGAGACAACGGAACCUCCACCAGCUCUGGACAACACACCUAAACUAUCGGGACUGUACUGUGUGGAGUGUAACAACAGCUACAAGAACGGAUGCACCUACCAUAAGAUGAACUACACCUACGUAGCUGACAGACCAGUGCUACCUCGAGCCAAACUGACACUGCCAACAUGCUUGAUCCUGCAGACUUCCCGCAUUAAGAUUACUGCAGACAAUGUCAACAACCUGGGUGUUUUCACCAAUGAGAAGAUAUUGAAGAAGACAGAGUUUGGUCCCCUUGUAGGGAAGAUAGUUUCUGAAGACACCUACACCUACACCAGCAGCUUCACCUGGAAGAUAUUCUACUGUGACCAUCACAGUGUGGUUGAUGUAAGCGAUGAAGCUGAGUGUAACUGGCUGAUGUACGUAAAGCCGGCACCCACACUGCAGGAUCAGAAUGUGGUGGUCUACCAGCGUGGCGCGGAGCUGUUCUUCAUAACUAACAAGGAUAUGGAGGCUGGGUCUGAGCUGCUUUUCUGGUUUGCUAAAGACUACGCAAAACUCUUAGGUCUGCCAGCUAAACCCAGCCAGCUCUGGCCCUCCAACUGUCCCUACUGCCAUGUGUGCAGUAAAGUGUUCAGUGACUGGAAGAGCCUCAGUAGACACAUGAAGACGGACCACCCCAACUCCAGCUCGCGGCGCUGGCCGUGUCAGAUGUGUAACAGACGCUUCACCUCCACCACCAAGCUGAAGACCCACAUGGUGGCCCUGCACAUGAGGCUGAAGCCCUUCUCCUGCCCACACUGUGGCAAGAAGUUCUCCGACCAGAGCAACCUCCGCCAGCACCAGAACAUACAUACAGGUGAACGGAAGUUUACUUGCGACAUCUGCAGCAAGUCAUUUCGUCAGAAGGCCCAUCUACAGUCUCAUAUGAUUAUCCACACAGGUGGAGAGGGACUGCAGUGUCGAUUCUGCUCAGCAAAGAUAGCUCGCCCCUCCGACCUGAAGUCUCAUGAGCUGAAGCACACUAAGGAGAAGUGCUAUCCCUGUGCCCUGUGUGUGAAGGUCUUCUACAGGCUAGCCAACUACAAGAAACACAUGCUGGUGCACAACAAGGAGCGCAACUUCACCUGCACUGAGUGCGGCAAGUCCUUUUACUCCAAGUACCACCUGACCCGGCACCUGAAGAGCUGCAAGAACGCCAAGUUGGGGGGGACCCAAGGGCUCGGGGGGAGUGAGGAGAACCUGUUCAGCACACUGGACCAAGACCCACAGGUUGAGAUCGAUAUUGUGCGUGAUGACAACAUCAACAUGAACACCACCACUGGUAUAUGUGCACGUCUCCGUAAUCAGAGGCAGGACCGGUGACACACAGCUGCAGUGCAUUGAAAGACAAUGACUGGUUGAAUUCUGAGAGAUCCGCUCAAGUACUGGAUAUUUCUCACUUUCAUCAUGUAAAUGUUAGACAAUGAUAUGUACCAGUCUGAGAACUAUAAAUGUUAGACAAUGAUAUGUACCAGUCUGAGAACUAUAAAUGUUAGACAAUGAUAUGUACCAGUCUGAGAACUAUAAAUGUUAGACAAUGAUAUGUACCAGUCUGAGAACUAAAAAAGUUAGACAAUGAUAUGUACCAGUGACAGAAAGUAAGGUAAUAUGCUGUCCUGCUGCUGCAGAAUACAAGGGGACAAUCAUCUUGAUGUUCUUGUACAUCCUAUCUGAUUCACUAGGAAACGUGAAAUGGGCACUACAGACAUAUUUGGUCCGUGCUGACUCUCCAAAACAAUUGAAUCCAGAAUUUUGACAAAAGAUGGGAUGCACACUCUAACCAAGUCAUUUGCGAGCAAAAACACUCGAUAGCUUUACAUGUGUGGGAGCGAGGCACUCUGUAUCUAUCUUUUCUUAAUACAUAAACUUUGACUGUUCAGAAAAGGGGGGAUAUGCACCCCACAUGUCCCCUCUGGUUCCAUAUCUCCCACUGGACCUGCUCCCCAACAUCCCCCUUGUGGAUCUGCAUCCCACCUAACAUCCCCCCUAUAUCUGCACCAAAACAUCCCCAUAUGGAUCCGUGCCCCAACACCCAACACCCAUCUGGAUCUGCACCAAAAAAUCCCCCCUCUGGAUCUGCACCCCAACACCAAACACCCAUCUGGUUCUGCACCCCAAACACCCCCAUCUGGAUCUGCACCCCAACAUACCCCUCUGGAUCUGCACCCCAACGUCCCCCAUCUGGAUCUGCACCCCAAUACCCUUAUCUGGAUCUGCACCCCAACAUCCCCCAUCUGGAUCUGCACCCCAACAUCCCCCAUCUGGAUCUGCAUCCCAAUAUCCCCAUCUGGAUCUGCACCCCAACAUCCCCCAUCUGGAUCUGCACCCCAAUAUCCCCAUCUGGAUCUGCACCACAACAUCCCCUUCUGAAUCUGCACCCCAACAUCCCCAUCUGGUUUUGCACCCCAAUAUCCCCAUCUGGUUCUGCACCCCAACAUCCCCUUCUGGUUCUGCACCCCAACAUCCCCUUCUGGAUCUGCACCCCAACAUCCCCAUCUGGUUUUGCACCCCAAUAUCCCCAUCUGGAUCUGCACCCCAACAUCCCCCCUCUGGAUCUGCACCCCAACAUCCCCUCUGGAUCUGCACCCCAACAUCCCCCUCUGGAUCUGCACCCCAACAUCCCCAUCUGGUUCUGCACCCCAACAUCCCCAUCUGGUUCUGCACCCCAAUAUCCCCAUCUGGUUCUGCAUCCCAAUAUCCCCAUCUGGUUCUGCAUCCCAAUAUCCCCAUCGAGAUCUGCAUCCCAACAUCCCCAUCUGGAUCUGCAACCCAACAUCCCCAUCUGGAUCUGCACCCCAACAUCCCCUUCUGGAUCUGCACCCCAACAUCCCCCAUCUGGAUCAGCACCCAAAUAUCUGCUCCCUGGAUCCACCCGUGCCAAAUGUAUGCCGUUGGAAAUAAGGAUUAAUGCUAAUGGAUCAAUCACUUAAUUCUGUCAGUACUGUGUGGCACCGAAACUGCUAUUUUAACUUACAGCAUUCAGUAUCAUCAUCAUCAUUAUCAUUGUUGCUUUGGGGAACAGCUAUGCCUUGCAAUUCUAAAACAGCCAUGGUACCAAAAUGUAUAGAAUUAAGAGAAGCAGCUCAUUCUUAUUUCAAUAGUUGGUAGAAACUGGGAAGAAUGUAUUCAGUUUAUUUUAGGUGGGUAGCUCCUUGAUCUGUGGUCUGAGUCUACUGUUGUUAAAACCUGAAACAAUACUCAUUGUUGGCAAGGUGAUUGUGAAGUACUUGGUUGUAUUACUAUCAAUGUUAUGUUUGACAGUGUGCAUGUUGAAUGUAACAGUAUGCUUGUAGAUUUGUAUUUCAAAUUUGACUAUUGCAUACAGAAGUGUUUGUAUGUUACAUUAAGUACUGCGUGUACAUGGUGUACAAACUGUCCUCCAGCAAGUGUGUAGUUAUAAGUGCAUGAAUGUAGCCACCUGCAAUUUAGGAAGAAGACGUGGUGAAAUCUUCAAACAUUUAUUCAAGAUAAAAUCAACAUGGCACAAGCAAUUAAUAAUAAAUCAUUAACAAUAAUUAGUUUGUAAUGCUAUUAAGCAUGGCGCAAUAGAUACAAUAGAUCAGAAGAUAUCUUACUCCAUGUUUUAACAAAGUACAAGAGGAUUAAACAAGGUGGCCUUAAUAUAUUUACAGUA